GAUGCGAAUUCGCUUUUGAAAAGUAAUUUUUGUCUGACAGCUUGUAUGGACACCAUUCACUACUGCAAAUGGUACAAGCAAAAAGGAUAUUGCACAGAUGACAGAUUCAUGGACUAUAUGACAAGAAAUUGUCCAAAAACUUGCGAGAUGUGCAAAGCAGGUGCAUUUGCCUCAGGAAAAGAUUGUAAGGACAUCGUUCCUAACUGCGAUUUGUACAAGCUAAAUGGAUUUUGCUCAGAUGAAAGAUUCAUAGAGUUUAUGAGAAGAAAUUGUCCAAAAACUUGCGAUAUGUGCAAAUCAGGUAUGUAAGGUAGUUUAUUUAGAAAACUAAAACUACAAUCAAGCAGAAAAGGAAAGGACACGGAGGAAAAAAAUCCGUCAUCUACGAUUCAAUGAAGCAAAAUAUAAAACAUGAUCGAUAGAACAGAAAAUCGUUGUUGCAGUAAUCUUACUACAAGUGACCUUGAAAACCUUUGUAUAAUUUAC